AUGACUCCAGACGAGAUCAUCACAGCCGCCAACGCAAGGAUUUCUCAGCAGGAGCACGAGAUCGCUAGGCUCAAGGGUAACGUGAAGAGUCUAGCCACUGCACUCAACGACGUCGGUUCUCUCUUUGAAGCCCAAACUAAAGGACGAUACCAGGCUACGCAGGAAGUAGAAUGCCUCCGGGGCCAAGUUAGUUUUCUUGAGAGAUACAUCGCCUUCAUUGAUGAAAAGUACUCAGCCAUCACUCGAGAAGCAACGGCUCACUUUCAACACCAGUUGGCUGCCGCAAAUUGGUCUACUUAUCAAUGGAGCCAAGACGCGGCCUCUUACAGCUUGGCGACGAGAGCCCUCCAAGAGAAGCUAGCGGCCAAAAGUAAAGAGGAAAACGCAAGUGAGAAGGAGAUUCAGGAGAUGCUUGACAAGUACACUGCAAUGCAAGCAACCGUGUUGAAGACGGAAAUGGAAAAAGAAAACGCCGAGCGCGAUUUGCAGGAAACUGAGCGCCAACUAGCCAAAGCCAACAAAGCGACCCAAGACCUGAUGAGGGAUCAUGAAGAAGUGACGUCGAAGCUACUCAGCCAGAACAAGUUCCUUGAUGCUCAAAAACGGAAAAAGACAAGAGAGGCCGCUCAAGCUCGAGAACAAGUUACCAGAGAAAGAAAUGUUGCUGAGCAGCAGCUGAAGGAAACAGAGGAAAUGAUAAAAAAGAGCCGCAAGCUCGAGAAACGGUUGGCCGAAAAGGUCAAAAAGCAAGAGAAGCUUCGACAUGAAUGCGACACCAUUUUCAACGAAGCCAAGGCGAUUCGCCAAUCGAGAUUGCUACAAAUCAAAAGACGCAAAGCAAUCCAAGCUUAUACAGAGUCUCAGGGAUCAAGUGGCAAGCUUGGAAUCGGCCGAGAGGACGAAUGCCUACACCAAGGCCGUCGAAGAUUUAAGCAUGGAACCGAGACACGUCUCAAAGAGCUCAGUUUGGCCAAGGCGAAAGAACAGGAUAAACUGCUAGCUCAAGUGAGGGGUGCUUCCUCGAGGAGGACUGCUGAGGUUGUGAAGCUGUUGGACGGUUCAAAGCACCGAGUUGAGAAGUACAUCUUUGACAAAGUAUGGGAUCUACUAAAAAACAUCGACAGCCAGGAGAAGAGGGAGAUAGCAUUCAAGACAAUAGUCACGUUCCUCGGUUUGGUACUCGAGGAUGUGGACGCUAUUAUCCAGGACGGCGGCGAGAUCAAGGUCCUCAUAGCGGAACUUACGGAAUUAUUCAGUGAAGCUGCGACUCCUUCCACCGAGAGGUUUGCCAAGGCUUUCAUCGAAUUUAGUCAGCAGAGCGUAGAGGGGCUGCAGCCGGAGGAUAAGCAGAAGGCCACAGAGUAA